AUGGACGAUAUUCAAGGAAGUAUCAGCUUACGUGACAGUAAAUCUAAAGUCUUUGAGAAGAUCCGCAAAGCUAUAACGAAGAGACAUGUGACUCCAUCUACAAUGAACGAAGUUAUGGCUAAGGUGCAUGCAAGUGAUAAUAAAUCUGAGAUCUUAAAGAAUGUUCGUAAAGCUGCAGAAAAAGGGCAAAUACCACGAGAUGUCGUUAGUGAAAUUCUAGUCAAUGUGACAAAGUGUGACGAUAAAUUUAAAGUUAUAGAAAAAGUUCGUCAAGUUGUAUCAAAGAGACGAGUGUCACAUGGCGUCUUAGAAGCAAUCUUGGGAAAGCAACAGCCGUAUGAUAAAUCGAAAAUUAUGAAGAGCAUUAGCAAAGCGGUAGGAAAAGGACAAUUGUCACCGUCUGUAGUUGAUGACAUAGUUUCUAAUGUACACCCUACUGACAGCAAGACCGAAGCUUUGAAGAAAAUACGUAAAGCGAUAACAAGGAAACAUAUUACACCUUAUGUUAUGAAUGUAGUUCUUACAAAUGUACAAGGCAGUGAGAAUAUACCCGAAAUCAUGGCCAAUGUUCAUAAAGGUAAUAAGUAA